CCCCCGCCUGGGCGCCAGGCGCGCACGGGCCGCAGAGCCUGGUGGUUGCUUUUCCUGCUGAAUUCAUCAUGAUAACUCCAGCUUUUGAGCUGACCCAGGAUCCGGAUUUUCUUACAAUAAUAAUCAAAGUACCUUAUGCCAGAGCUUCAGAGUUUGAUGUGUAUUUUGAAGGGGAAGAUUUUAAAUUUUAUGCUAAGCCGUACUUUCUCAGAUUGACACUUCCUGGAAGAAUUGUAGAAGAUGGCAGAGAAAAAGCAUCUUAUAAUACAGAUGAAGGAACUUUUACAAUUCGGUUACCUAAGGAGGUUCCUGGCCAAUAUUUUGAGGGACUGGACAUGCUGACAUCUCUCUUGGCACCAAAGAAAUCAAGAUCAGGAAAACCUUUAGUAGAAGAGAUAGAUACAGCUGCCUCUGCUGAGUUGUCUGAGGAGGAGGAAGAAGAAUUUGACUGGGAAAUAGAGCAGACCCCUUACAAAGAAAGUGCAGAAAUCGCGCUACCGCUCCAGUACCGUUACGGCUUUGGGAAUUUGAGGUCAGGGGUGUUCCAGCGGCUGCAGGAUGAACUCAGUGAUGUUAUUGACAUUAAGGAUCCAGACCAAACUCCUGUUGAUGAACGUAGGAGGAAACGCCUGGCAGCUGAGGCUGCCAAGUUUGACCCUGAUCACUACCUGGCUGAUUUUUUUGAAGAUGAAGCUAUUCAGCAUGUCUUAAAGUACAAACCAUGGUGGGUUGAUGCUCAUAAAAAGAUGAAAGCCUUUAAGGGAGAAAGUCAUCAGGAGCACAACACUCAUACAUUUGUUGUCUUCUCUGAGGAAGAGAAAGAGCAGCUGAGAAAGUUCACAAAUAAAUCUUAUCUCCUGGAUAAAAGAAGCCGUCAUCAUGUAUAUCUUGGUUUAAUUGAUAUCCUUCUGGCGUAUUGCUAUGAAAUCUGUGUCAAUGAAGGAGACAAGAAUGUUGAAUCAGCCUGGAACGUCAGGAAACUGAGUGCAACGUUGUGCUGGCUGGAGAGUUUCACUAGUGUUCAUGACGUGCUGGUGUCUUUUGGAAGAAGAGUGCUGUGCUAUCCCCUACACAGACAUUUUGGAUUAGUGACACGUGCCUUCAAUGAUACAGUCAUGAUACUGCAACUAGGAAGAGCUGCAGUUUUGAAGUGCCUGCUGGAUAUUCACAAGAUUUUUCGGGAGAAUGACCCUGCCUACAUCCUUAAUGAUCUCUUCAUUACAGACUAUUGCAUCUGGAUUCAAAAAGCCAAGUCAAAAAAGUUGGCUGCACUCUCUGAAUCCUUGCAGAAAAGCAGGCUCACCAAGUCCCACGUCGGAUUUGAGCUGGAAGAGCUGGAGGCAGCAGCGGCGCUGGUACAGGAGGAAGAGCGCGCGUUAGAAGCUGCUGGCACAGUUUCCAAGCAACAGCUGCCUUCCUCCGAGUCAGAGACAAGUGAGUCUGAAGAAUCCAGCAGUACUUCAUCAUCUGAGACAGAAGGCUCUGAUUCAGAGGAGCGAGAGUCCUCCACCAGUGAAGAUGGGAAAAUAAAUUCUUUCCGAGGCACGCUUCAAGAGGAGAGGACAGCUCCACUUAUUGCCUGUAAUGGAUUAAGGCAGGGCACCAACGCUUCCACGUUUGAGGUUAGUGCUGAAAAACCAAAGGUUUCUUUGCAAUCUACGGCUGUUCCUGGAAAAUUGAUAGAAGAAUUAGAAAAGCAAAUGCACACUGCAAUUAGACUUUCAGAACAGCCUGAAGGAUUGGCGACUGCGAGCUGCAUUUCACAGGAACCAGAAGAAAACCCCGUAUCUGAGCCCGAUGGAUUUUCAAAAGAUACAGCUGGGAAAGGAAAUUUCUUGGAGGUGUCUUCAAAGACAAACCCACUGCUUUUAUUUUGCAGCACAAAUGAAGAUGAAGACUAAAGGACCGUGUUAGAACACGGUGUGACCCACCAGCAACGCAGCUCGUUGCAGUAACGAGUCGUUCCCAAGGCUGUCCUGAGCUCCGGAAAGAACUUGAUAUUUUUCUUUUUUGUGUUGACAUUUUGGAGGGCAGGACUGCUUUGAGAAGAAUUGACAGGACUGUAUGAUGGAUACCCUCAUAGUUUCAUUUUUAUUUUUCUUCUCUGAUUCAACAGAGUCUCGGAUUUGAUCUCUGUGUGUGGGAAUGUGUAGUUUCAGUAAACUUCUAGAAACAUUUUUCAUAAAGCUUGUUUGGUAGUAGAACGAUGUCCUAAUCAAAUACAACCGAAAUGAGUUGUAGUCUCAUUCUAGUUAUCUUUAGCUGCUGGGAUUUACUUGAAAAAUAGCCUCAUUAUGUUUGUAUAAACUUGUUUAUGAGAAUUUGCUGCAUUUUUUUGUAAUUCUAAAAUGCUUUAUAGCUACCCACUUCCAAAAUAAUGGUUAUAACUUUAAAAGUCUAAACAGUGCUGACAAAUUAGUUUUAAAUAUAUAAAUAUUUUCUAUUUUUUGUACAAAAUAAAGUUCUCAGUGCAAGACAAAAGGCUUAUAACUUAUAUUUCUACAGGAUAGAAGGCUUAUAGCUUAUAUUUCUGCAGUUCUUAUGUAAGUUAUUUCAACAGUUUUGCCAUGUAUUUAUUCUUUUGUGAUGUUGCUGAAAUGUUUUCACAUAUGGGCUUUGCUGUUGCUCUUUAAAGGAGAGAAAUCCUAAUUAUUUCUUGUUUCUGUCUGCAUAUGCUUUUAAUAUCACCACAGUAAUGUUAACCAAGAUGAAGAAACAACGUGGUACAGGGGUCUUGAGUGUAGGACUGAAACCAAACCUGUGCUGUCCAGACCUCGCUGUUAUUAGUCGUCUCGUAGCUUUGGCCAACUCAUUUGUUCCUUUUUGCUUUCAUAAGAUUAAAAUAAUCCAAGCAGUCAA